UUAAAAAAGACACCUGAAAGAUGUUUCCAGUGCACUAAAAUUGGACAUUUUGAAACCAUUAAAUCCAGAUUCGUUUUGUCAUUUCCACUUUUUGAAAAGACAGAGCUGAUUCCCUAACAAUCAAAAAUGAAGAAAACAAACCUCCGUUCUGAAGUCAGUGUUGAAAGCAUCUCAACGCAUUGUGGAGGAACUGUCUAGAAGCAUAAAAAGAGAUUGUGACAGCGAAAAGACACUUAUGGAUGCAGACAGGCAGUGAAAAGGGACCUAAACAAUAGUGUUGCACUUCAAUGAAUGGCUACAGAGCGUGUGCCACGGCUUCUGACAGCAGCGAGGAACCAGGAUUGAGAUGAAAAUGAGGAAAAGAACAUGAAGGAAAAAGAAAAGAUGCAUGCGUGCGUGCGUGCAGAGAAAGAGAGAGAGCGAUUGACUGGAAGGAGGGGGUUACUUGAGGGGAGCAGGGCUGGCUAAAUAGGAAUCAUCUCUCUUAGCCAAUGAGUUUAAAGAGAGAAGCAGAUGUCACAGGAGUGAGAGGGACCACCUCCGCAAGCUCAAGCACCCUCAGUGAAAAGAGCGCAAUGAGCAGUGCACUGUCACACCGGCAGUUGCUAUCUCCUUUCUCUCUACAGAACGCACACAUUCUCACGCUCCUGCUUGAUUUUGCAGGCUGUCAGCUGGAAGCCUCAGCGUAGCCCUGCUGGCUUUAGGAUACUUCCUGGGAGGAAUUCCUGGCAGUGGAUACUUCAUCCAGCAAUCGCCAAAGGGUUAUCUGUUCUCACGGUCGGUGAUGGUGUGACAGACGCAUCUCUCAUGCUCUGAUCUUCCCGAGGGGGAGCCACUGAGGAUUAGCUGGCGGAUGAUGCAUCAGGGGGAGGAGGAAAGGCCGUGUUUAUCUGCUGUCCCUGUGUCACAGAGAGCUUCUGAGGAGCAUUCAGCUGCCAACGGCAUCAGCGGGCCUCAGUCAUCCAGCUGUUCACCUCACUGCCACAGCUAAAGUGAUGAGUCCCAGCCUUCCUUUUCAGGAUUAAAAGUGGACAAGACGUCAAUGGGCUGGACUAUGAUUCUAAAAGAUGACUCUGGUGUAACAGGCUGGACAUGGCGUGUUGGGAACUACCUGCUGCUCUCUAUGUCUCUAAUUGGAAUGCAAGUGAGAUCAGACUUAGAGUUUCCGAAGGACAGAAACUAUAUGUGGAAAACCGGUCAGUGGGGCAGGUGCAUGGGAGAAGAAUGUGGAACUGAUGGGUUUCAAUCCAGGACGGUGUGGUGCAUCCACUCAGAAGGCUGGACCACGCACCACUCAAACUGCCGGCACUCAGAUAAACCUGAGAGCAAGAGGCCUUGCUUUAAAGUGUGCGAGUGGCACCAGGACCUCUUCGAAUGGGAGGUUUCAGAAUGGGGGCCAUGCGUUUUAACACCAUUCCAGUCCAACGUGCUCAAACCAAGGACAAUUAAGUGCGUCACGGCCCAGCACGGCAUCCAGAGACGGAAGGUCCAUUGUGUGCGCACCUCAAACCACACAGCCGUUACGGAGAGGAUAUGUGAGUUCUUUUCCCCACGGCCGGUGCUUGAACAGGCCUGCCUGAUCCCCUGCCCUCACAACUGCAUCAUAUCCGAUUUCUCCUCCUGGUCCAGCUGCAGUCGAACAUGCGGCACGGGUCUCCAGCAUCAGACCCGACACGUUUUAGCGGCACCGAUGUAUGGAGGAGCUAAUUGCCCCAAUCUCACCCAAACAAGGACAUGUACAAACCUUCUGCCCUGUCCGGUUGGAGAAAGCGAGCAUCGCUACAGCCUUAAAGUCGGCCCCUGGAGCGAGUGCAGGCAGUCGCAACACAAGGGGCUCUGGAUGAGUGGAAGGACCAUGCUGGACUUCACCAUGGGAGAUACAGAGAGGAACACCGUAAAACGACAUAUCCAGAGCUCCCGGCACCAGCAUCACCACCUCCACCACCACCAUAGCCUCAAGGGCUUGGAUGUGGAGAUUGGCUACCAGACACGCCAAGUACGUUGUGUGCGCAGCGACGGCAAGAACGCCAUGCUGAGUCUUUGUACCCUUGACAAAGGUCCUGGAACAUUCCAGUCAUGCAUUAUGCCCAGAGACUGUGAGACCUCUGACUGGUCCGUUUGGAGUCCAUGUUCAAAGACAUGUAGGGCAUCAGAUAUGUCACCUGGUUUUCGGGUCAGGACUCGAAGCAUAACGCAGACUCCUAUUGGACUAGGCAAAGAAUGCGCCACUCUUGAAGAAAAGGAAGCCUGCAACAUCAUUGGAGAUUUACUUCCUAACUGCCCUAGGUAUGUGUGGAAGAGCACGGACUGGGGGGACUGUCAAGUGGCAUCUCUUCUCAGCCAGCAGGACAGAAGGCUUAACAAUAUAAGCGUUCUCUGUGGUGGAGGGAUUCAGACCAGGCAGCUGUACUGCAUCCAGGUCCUUGACAACUCCACCCCUCAUCACAGAAAAGAGGUGUCUAGGCCAGUAAGUCGGCAUCUGUGUGCAGGAGAAUUGCCUUCUGCAGUGCAGCCCUGCUCCAUACCAUGCCCACAGCUAUGCCUGCUCUCCUCCUGGUCCUCCUGGGGGGCCUGUCUCCACGACAACUGCAUGGAAACACAUGGACGAAAAGGCUACAGGCAGAGGAGGAGAGAGAUGCUGGAGGAAGGAUCAGGAUCAGAAAGCUGUUCCCAUCUCCUGGAGUCAAUGCCCUGUGAGGAUCCAGCAUGCUUUCUGUGGCAGGUGCAAUCUGAGGGUCCUUGUUUGACCAGUGAAGGGAACUGUGGAAAUGGAACCAGGACUCAAACUGUCACUUGCGUCAACUCAAAAGGGCAGCUUGUUCCUGAGGAGCUGUGUGAAGAUGAGCCGCCCCCUAAAGAGGUGUCCUGUGUGAUGGCGUGUUCAGGUGACUGUGUGCUCAGCUCCUGGUCUGAUUGGUCCUCCUGCUCCCACAGCUGCUCCAGUAAAAACUCAGAGGGCAGACAAAGCCGCACACGGACCAUAUUAGGCUUGCCGGGAGAAGCUAAGGCAUGUCCAGCUGCUACUGCUCUGGAGGAGUGGAGAACUUGUAAUGAUCACCCAUGCACCACGUUCUACUGGGAAGCUUCACCAUGGGGACCAUGCAUUGAGGACUCCUCCAUAAAUCUAAAUGGCAGUGGCUACUGGAACGGAACGGCCACCAAUGCAGUCGGUGUGCAGAUUCGUAAAGUGGUCUGCAUGAAAAUGGGCGUCGGGCCAGUUAUUCCCAAAAGGUGUCCAGAAUCUGUCCGACCUGAGACCAUUCAGCCCUGUUUACUGCCCUGUAAGAAAGACUGCAUUGUAACUCUUUUCAGUGAAUGGACAGCCUGCCCUACCACAUGCCUGCCAGUGAACAGCAGCGUGCCCUCACAGUCACGAUACAGGAUCAUCAUCCAGCGGGCGGCCAAUGGGGGUCAAGAGUGUCCAGAUACUUUAUAUGAGGAGAGAGAAUGUGAGGCUCUCCUGGUUUGUCCUAUUUACAGAUGGAAGACACACAGAUGGCAUCCAUGUACUCUGGUCCCGGACUCUGUCCAGCAGGGAAUGACGGGAGCCAGUGAAUCGUGUGGUAAAGGAUUAGAGAUGAGAGGAGUGAGCUGUGUGGAUGAGUAUGAUGAGAUGGCAGCCGUGUCAGAGUGUCUCCGGUGGGCCGGGCCGAUACCGUCACGCUUCAGGAGCUGCUGGGUACCAUGCAGGGAUGACUGCACCUUCAGUUCCUGGUCUAAAUUCUCUGAAUGCUCUGGCUGUGGAAGUCGCCGUACCCGCAAACGCACACUAACAGGUCGGAGCCGGAAACAAGACCACUGUCUGCGGGAAGACUUGUACCCUCUGGUGGAGUCCGAGCCCUGUCCGUGUGAGGAGUUUGUUACUCAACCAUAUGGUAAUUGGUCAUCUUGUAUCCUAUCGGAAACCCCAGCACAAGGAUCCCUCCAGGGAUGGAGGGGUCGGCGAGAGGCAAGUGACUGCGGGCAGGGAUUGCGUUAUCGUGCUGUGGUCUGUCUGGACCAUGAAGCCUACUUGGUUACCCCAGACCACUGCAGUGAAUCAGGUCUGGUGGAGGAGAUUUGCCACAUACCUUGCCCUCUGGACUGCAAGCUGAGCGACUGGUCGCCCUGGUCGGCCUGCAGCGCCUCCUGUGGCAGUGGGCUGAAAAUCAGGUCCAAAUGGCUACGGGAGAAGCCAUUCAACGGCGGGCGGCCAUGCCCCAAACUAGACCUGAAGAAUCAGGCUCAGGUGUAUGAGGCUGUGCCCUGUCGCAGUGAGUGCGGUCAGUACGAGUGGGUAACAGACCCCUGGUCAGUCUGCACUAUCAACACAGUGGACGAGCUGCCAGCCUGUGGUGAGGGUGUCCAAAGCCGCAAGAUUCGGUGUGUGAGGCGUGACAGUGGGGAUCAGGUUAGCAGUGUGAACGAGACCCUGUGUGACCUGGAAGAAAUCCCUCUCCAAGCUCAGACCUGCGUCCUGCCAUGCCCUAAUGACUGUGUGAUGUCCCAGUGGAGUCAAUGGAGCACCUGUUCAAUACCAUGUAAUGAAAGCACAGUGAGGAUGAGGACGAGACACAUGCUGCGCCCCCCAGUGGCCGACAGAGUGUGUCCAGACAGCACCCAGACAGAGCCCUGCAGCCUCAACAGCACCUGCUUCAGUUAUCACUUCAAUGUCUCCAGCUGGAGCACCUGUCAGCUGAGCGAACAUGCCAUCUGCGGCCAGGGCACAAGGACACGACUCUUAGAUUGCAUCCGCAGCGAUGGCAAAGUUGUGGAUUUGAGCAUGUGUGAGGAGCUGGGCCUGCCUCGACCGUGGAGACUGGCAAUGAACUGUGUGGUGGACUGUCCCUUUAACUGCAUCCUGUCUGACUGGGCGCCCUGGACCGGGUGUUCACACACCUGUGGUAGUAAAGGUGUUGUGAUUCGCUCUCGCAGCAUGCUUCAGCAAGCUCAUGAGGAGGGACGCCCGUGUGCCUCUCAGCUUUCCCAGUCCAAACCGUGUCCCAUAAGCCCCUGCUACUCGUGGCUUCUGAGUGAUUGGUCUCCCUGCACAGUGGAGGGGGCAGAAUGUGGAGAGGGCAAGAGGGAGAGGAACCUGACGUGUGUGGUGCACUGGUCAGACUGGCCGGACAACCCCCACCCUUCGAAAACGGUACAGGACGAGAAAUGUGGAGACCGAGUGAGAAAGGAAAGCGAGCAGGAGCUUCAGCAGCCGUGUUUCGUCCCCUGUCCAGGAGACUGUCACCUUACAGAGUGGUCGCAGUGGAGCUCCUGUCAGCUGACGUGUCUGGAGGGGCGUAGUUUUGAGACGGUGGGCCGUCAGGCACGCUCACAGGCUGUGGUCAUACAAGUGCUGGAGAAUCAGGACAGCUGCCCUCACCAAAUCUUUGAGACACGUCCAUGUAAAGGAGGGAAAUGUCACAGUUACGAGUGGAGGACCAGUGCCUGGAAUGACAACGAAAGAUCAGUGUGGUGCCAGCGGUCUGAUGGGGUCAAUGUGACAGGGGGCUGCUUUCCACAGAACCGGCCGACCACUGUGCGGCACUGUCACCCUCCCUGCACCAAACCCUUCUCCCACUGCAAGCAGAGCGGCGUGUGCGGCUGUGAGAAGGGCUAUACUGAAGUGAUGACCACACAUGGAUUCCUGGAUUACUGCACCAAGACCCCAGGAGCUGACAAUAAGAAGGCAGAUGUGAAGACCAGCUCGGGAAGAUUAAAGCCAGGCACCACUCAGAUCCAGGACCUCUUCGGCGAGUGGUCCCUGCAGCCGCUCGGCCCAGAUGGAAGAAUAAAGCUGUGGGUCUUCGGGUUAACAGCUGGAGGAUUCAUUCUCAUAUUAUUCACAACUGCUGUGGCCUUUCUGUUUUGCAAACCAUCCAAACAGAGUAAAAGUGCAUCUCCACCACAGAAGCCCCUGACUCUGGCAUAUGACGGGGAUGUGGACAUGUGAUCAAGCUCUCUGUGACUGUACAUUCAAAGCACAAGCUGGACUACGUGCAACAUUUUAAUAUGUUCCUUUCUCCAAGAUGCCCUUUGGAUUUUUGGAAAAAGAAAAAGAGACGCAGACAUCGAAGAACAUUUCGAUCUUGAAGUCUGAAGCGAACACAAAACAUUGUGUGCAUGACUGCAAGGAUGAAGGUUUUGGAUCAGUGGUCAUCGUCAUCGUGAAAAUCGUGACAUUUAAAGAGAGUACGAGACACAGCUGACAUUCCAUGGACCAGAUGGAGGACUUCGACAUUUUCUUGCCGUGAUUUUUCUUACAUCAAAAAAAAAGGAAAAAAAGAAAAAAAACAAGAGAGAGAGAAAGAAACAUCACGAGUUUUGCUGAAUCUAUUGUAUCAGUCACAUUAAAAGCCUAGUUCACCCAAAAAUGUAAAACUGUGUUAUCCUUUACUCACCCUCAAACCUGUAUGACUAGAUCAUGACCAGCUUAUUG